CGCUCAUUGCUAUGAUCAAUUUUGUGAGAACUUCUCUAGUAUUUUUCGUCCCUUUCGCCGGACUGUUAUCUUCCUUGCCAGUCAGGACAGGAAAACCACGAGUGAUUAUAAAAAUCAUGAGGCCCGCCGCUAGCCGAGUGGAUUCGCCACUUCCGAUUGCUAUCGUCCUCAAUCGGUCCCUUCCACCCACAAUGGACGACUGUUGAGCUUCUUCCCUGUCUAAGCAGGGAUUGACACCGGCGCGGAUCCAACUUCAGAAGUUAUUUUAUAUUGUCCGAGUGGAUUCGCCAUUUCUGAUCCUUGUGAAGUUUGUCUGUCAUUUUAUAUCGCCCCCAGAUGGGAAAGAACCAGGCCUACAAAGCUAUGCAGAGGGCGAGGCUCUCGGGGUCUGCCGGUGCGGAGGAAGUGGAGGAUGGAAUGGUUGAUGGUACAUUUCAUUCACCAGAGUGGCAUGCUGCUCGAUUGGCCAGCCUUAAUAAAUCCCACACAGUAACAUGGGAAGAAUUCAAAAGGAAACAGAAG